AUGUGCGAGGGUGAUACUCAGGCGGCCGCUAUGGCAGGUGCACGUGAAGCGCAUCUGGAGCAGCUGCGGAAGCAGGGGCAGAUCCUCUCUCGCUCGCUGGCGAUCCUGGAAGAAGAUGAAGAGGAGAUGCCGGAGGAGAAGGUGAACACUGAAGCAUUGCAUGCGCUGAUGAAGAGGGAGAACCUUUUUGGGGACACGGACGCGCAGUUCAACAACGCCGUGCAGAACUUGCCCUCGGUGAAAGCUGCUCGGGAGAGAGCCAUGCAAGCGCUGGACUUGCCCACCUCUCUCUACCCGACCGCUGUGCGAAUGACUGAACUGCAGCACUGGACGGACCGAGUGAGCCACCAAGCCAAUAUCCUUUGCUUGAAACGCCUGAGACGCCCACUGUCCAAAUGGUUCUCCAGCCGUGGUCUCCACGAAUUACGAGCCGCUUAG